UUCUUUUGUUUUACUGGAGUACAGAAAAAAAAAUGUCUCGAAAUGCGAACGACAGCAAUAACUACAGCCAGAGUUAUAAGCUGGUGGUUGUAGGAGGAGGUGGUGUUGGGAAAAGUGCCUUAACUAUUCAAUUUAUCCAGGUAUUUAAAGUUUUUCAUUACAAUUAAAAUUAACCAAAACAAGGCCUAUACCAAAACAACCUAAUGUCGAUAAUAGGCGUUUUUUUCUCACUUUGUUAGGCCUAAGCUAAAUAGGCAUUCUGUAAUUUUGAUUACAACUAUACUAUAUGAUUUAAGGUAAUCUACCAUUUCAGUUUCAGCGUCAGUUAUGAACAAAAAAAUCGCGUUUUUCUAGUUUGAAGUGCUAUUUAAAUGUUUAUUCUAUUGAUGUCCCUCUGUGGCUUUGAAAGAGACAUUACGGCAUUUACGGCACGGUAUAGGCAGCAUAGGAUUGCAUAGAGAUCUAUAUACACUUUCAGGCUCACUUAUUGUAUCUGACGGAUGUGUGGCUAAACGGAUGUGUGGCUAAGCAAACAUAAACCAGAUCAGACACAGAAUCUCUUGAACACUCCAUUGGGUUAACGGUUUUUGUCAACAGUUGCCUCACCCUGAGGGCAGUGAUGUCACUUUGGAGAAUCCCAACACUAGACCUUAUCAAACUUUAUGUGAAUAGACCUAAUAAUUUUAGGGUCCAAACAAUAUGUGUGAUAACAUUCCUGUUCUUUAUUGAGCAUUACGUCAUAAACAAUGUUGUUAAUAUGCAGUAUAUUAAAGAUGAAAUUUUAAUUUGUAUUAAAAUUCAACUUAUACACGUUUCAAAAGAAAGGAAAAAGGAAACACAUCCUUGCUGAUACCCCAAGACCCAACACCAGUGAAAAAAAGACGCGCAUCAAAGUGCUGUAUUUUGAUUAGUUUAAAAUCAAAAUACCAUAUGUUAAAACUUUGGUAACUUAAGGGAGACUGCUGCUUAAAUUGCAUUUGAAAUAACUGAAAAUACCGAAACAAUAAUAAAAAAAAUCCUCUUCUCCCGUCCCCAGAGAAUCAAAGAACCCUCCCCAAUUCUAAAAAAUAUAGAAUAAGAAUAACUUGCAUUAUGUGAAUUCAAACAUUGAAAUAUUUUUAGUCCAGCGCUGUAGACGGAAGUGGACCUGGGGGAACCUAUAUACCAUGGAACAUAUCAUUGGCCUUGCCGCUAACCCUAAAUCAACCAAAUUUUUUCAUUCCAAAUGUCACUCCACUAAUGCCCAGUUAUAUACUGUUAUCAGUAUGGAGAAAAUAAUCGAUUGUUUAAGUAUAUGGCUCGUUCUAAAACAGUAUACAACAAAAGACGAUACCAUAAGUUAAAUACAAUGACAAAGAAUAUGAUACUCAAACCAGGGCUAAUUACAAUUGAUACAUUUUAUUAUGUUAAUUAUAAAUUAAAAAAUAAAAAUAAAUAUAAUUAAAGCUAUUGACUUACAUUAUAAUGAUUGGCUUCUACCGGAACAAUAUUGAAGAGGAUACAAUGUUGUAAAAAGGUACAAUGAUGAAAAGGAAUCUACACAAGCACAGUAAACAAAUCUCUGUCUCGUAGCAAAGCUCUAAAGCAAAAAUAGCACACACUCAAAAUAUCUCUACUCUGAACCUCCACUCAAUCUCUCAAGGUGUUUAUGUAGCCUGUUUCAUAGAUACUUCUUGAACGGACUUAAGCAUUGUAUUCUUUUCUCGAUAUUUCUACAGAAUUCUAAUAAUAAUACAGACCAUAGAUUUAGUUAGUUUUAACCAAGUUCAAGAGAGACUGUAUUUAGUUAGCCACACCCUAAUAGUGCUGCCAAACUUAGUGUCAGAUUAAGUUCAUUCACCAGGAAAGAUGAAACAAAUUAAACAAGACUCCUAUAACAUCCACACGCAGACUCAGACUGUUGAAAAUAUGUGGCUGCACGUAAAGUGAAAACUGAAAAAGUUUGGCACAAGGCAGAAGCUUUCGUGGAGAUGAUAUAAACUCAAACUGUGUUUUCAUUUCAUACUAUCAUACAUUAUAUUUCUAUUGUAAUUUAAAUUCCAAAAAAAAAUUUCUAUUUUAAAAAUGUUGCCUUUACUUUUAUAUAUGAGAGUUUUUAAAUAGAACUUUAAACCAGAACAAAAUGAUUUUUUUCACAACCAACGCUCAAGUGGUAGAUUACCUGAUUUGUUUCCUUGUAAUAUUUUUCAGUAUUCAAGCAGUAUUAUAAAUUUGUUGAAAUUGUAAAAUAAGCCAAUUAGUGUUAGAGAAAGCAGUUUAUGAAAAAUGUAACUUGUCUUUGUUAAACUUUGUAUCUACUAACCCGGUCCAAUUUCAAUUGGUCACUUCUAUUUGCUGCUCCAAUUGUCUUCCAAUCCACAAAAUUUAAUUAUGGCAAAAACUAAUACAAUUUUUAAAAAUUCAUUUAAAAAAAAGACUGGGCUGUUGGUAAGUUUACGCAAUCUGCUUCACAUAUUCCCUGUGUUUUUGCACUACUUUUUUCCCCACUGCCACCAUCUUUGUGGCCAUGCAGCAGACAUGUCAUGACAACAAAGGUGGCAGCUGUGUAAAGAAAAGUAGUGCAAAAAAAAAAGUCUGCAUAAAUGGGGAGGGGAAAUGUGUUGUUUUAACUAAUUAACUACCUAACCGAGAAUUAACCGAGAAAAAAAAAAUCAGAUUAGAAAGAAACGUUAAAAUUUAAUGAUAUAAUUAUUUUUGAUAAAAAUCUACACUCUCAAAAUCUACAACUCUACCUAACCUGAAUUCUAAGUCAGUACCCCCAAAUCAAGCAUAAAGUCCCCCUUUACUUCAGCAAAAAUUUAUCCUUAAAUUUUGCCCCCCCACCCCAAACUAGAGCAUAAAUCUUCAAGGCUAUAAAAUCUAUGACCUAACACCUAACAUGUGUUAGUGUGCUAUAGUUACAAACUGUACUGUACUUAGAAAAUCAUAAAUUUGAAGAAUAAAAAGAUGAAGACAAUAUUUUAAAUAUUCAUAUAAUGAAAACUCAGAUUACAGUUUAAUCAAAUACACUUUUACACACUUUAUUGACGGUUCCACCAAAAAUCAAAAGAUGUCUGAAAAAUCAAAUUUCAUUUUCCAAAUGCCGACAAAAUUACCUCUCUUUUGAAAUAUUUUAAUUAACCACCCAAUGAAAUUUUAAAAGGCAAUCAAUCAAAAACAUUCCAUCCGGAUGCUAAUAUUAAAAAAAGAAAAGCUAACUCUCCAUGAAUAAACAGAGGUUAGAGGAUCCUACACAGAAGCUCAAAGUGGCGCAGAUUGCGUAAAUUUACUAGGUGGUUUUUAGAGGGUAGGACUAAAUUUGGUAAAUAAGCAAAAAACAUUCAAAUUUAAGGAUUAUUUUUCUGCAAAAACCUGGUAAACCUAAAAUCUAUCACUCUAUUAAACUGAAAGCUAGCAAGAAAAUCAGUCCUCCUAACACAAAUGUAAAUCUUCAAACAUAAAAUCAGUCUCCCUAACUUGAACAUUAAUCUUCAAACAUAUAUCUAUCUCUAGACCUAACCUGAAUCCUAAAACCUUGUGUUUGUGUGCUACAGUCACACACUAAUGAGAAAAUCGUAAUUUUGAAUAAAAAACUUAAAAAAAUAAUGCUCUAAAUAAUGAAAACCCAACUUACAGUUUCAUUGAAUACACUUUUACACACUUGAUUACAGGUUUCACCAUAAAUAAAAUCCAAAGCUUAUCAAUAAAGUCAAAAUCAAUUCAACUAAUGAUCAGGAUGGAAAAAAUGGUUACUUUGUUUUCAAAUACCAGUAUUAAUUAACCUCGCUUUGAUACAUUUGUUUAAAAAAAAACAUUCCAUCGACAUACUCAUUUUUAAAAAAAAGAAUAGUUAACUGUAAUAACAAUCAGCACCUAAACAAAGGGGAAUUCACUCAUCCACAAACUCCAGAAAUUCAGUUCAGUUGGUGCCUAAAGGGGGUAAAGUGGGAUCUGCUUUGACAAUAGAUGAACAAAGAGAACUUCUUUGACUUAAACAUUAGGUUAAUUCAGAACUUCUAACACAUACGUUUUUGAUUUCUAAUUCUUCAAUGUUUCUUGUUUUAUUUUGUCUGCUGAAAAAGGGAUCUAGUCAAAACAAAAUAUAUCUUGAAUUGUCCUGUCUUUUCAUUUCAAGCCUAAACAUAUCUUGUUUUAAUAUUUCCUUGAAGGCAGUCCCCCAUAUAUUACAUUUAUUAUUUAGAGUUUAUUGCAAAGUUGAUAUGUCACUAUAAAUUAUAUUUGGUAUGACAGAUAUAAAAAAAAAAUGUCCUUACCAAAUUAAUAUUUAUAUUAUUGACAUCCACAGUCAUAUUUUGUAACAGACUAUGAUCCUACAAUAGAAGACUCUUAUACAAAGCAGUGUGUCAUAGAUGAACACGUGGCCAGACUAGAUAGUAAGCUGUGAUUGACAUAGAAAUCUCCAUCGUUUUGAAAUUAGUUUAUUACUAUGCUUUUUCUGCUUUUAAGAUUUUUGAUUGCCUGUUAUGUAUGUUUCUUUUUAUUUUUGGUGAGCUGUUUUGAUACAUUCCUGAUAUAAAUACGUAAAACUAUACAUGUUUUAAAAUAUUUUUUAAGAUCUUAAAAGAAAAUACAAAUGAAAUUGAAUAUUUUUUAAAAAAAAGGCUUAAAAUUUCUUUUUCCAGUUCUGGACACAGCUGGCCAAGAAGAAUUUAGUGCAAUGCGAGAGCAGUAUAUGCGCUCUGGAGAAGGUUUCCUAUUAGUAUAUUCUGUUAUUGAUAGGAGCAGGUAUGACAAUUUUUAUUUCAUUCAUUUUAAAUUUUUUUGCAGAACAUUGCAAGAUAAAAAUGUUAAACAAUUUAAAAUGCUGAAGCAGCAAAUCAAGACUACUGCUUGUUCAUUGUCUCUCUAAAUUCCUGCCAUUGAUUAUAUACCUUUUAAAAAAUUAGUCAAUAAUUUUUUUUGAAUUUUUUAAUUUAAAUUUUGAAUAUUUGUCAUAUCUAGCAGAAAACAAUCUUUGGCAUUAUCAAAAAUAAGAGGUAACAAUCUUAGCAAUUGGAAAUCAAUGUUCAUUAAAAUUUUUCAAAUGCACUUUGAUGGUCACAUUAACAAAUAUGUAUUUACAAAGUUUACAAAGUAUAAUUAUGAUGAGAUACAUUUGAGUAAUUUUAGUAAUAUUCACAUUUUUUUUUUUGGAGAUAGAAAUUAUUUAAAAUUGUAAAAUACAUAUUCUCUAUCCCUGUUUUUAUUUUCUAAAUUUGAAAGUUACCUUUAAUGCUCAUUUGUAUCCUUUUCAAUCAAACAGUUUUGAAGAAAUCUUCAAAUUCCAUAGACAAAUUUUAAGGGUCAAAGACAGAGAUGAAUUUCCUAUGUUAUUGGUAGCUAAUAAAUCUGAUUUAGAUUCACAGCGAGUGGUAAGUAGCAGAGUUUAACUGCCUCAAACAUUUCAAUUUUGUGAUAUAAAGUAAAAAGUAAAUAAUUUUUUACAUUGCUGGCUCUCUUAAUUUUUAAAUGAAUGAAAUAGCAAAACGAGGUAUGUGGAAGCUUGAAUAAGAUAACAGGACAAAAAACAAUAAGUUUCGGCAUAAAGCCUUCCUCAGCCAACAGUAGAAAUGAAAAUAUAACAAAAAAACAGAGCACAGUAGACAACUCAAGAAGUUUUAAUUUUUAACUGUGUCAAAAAUAUUUUUGUGGAUUAUCUUCCGUGAGGUUGAGAACUAUUAGCUAUACAGAUUUAGUACUUUAUAGAAAUCAUAUUUAACACUAUUUAUUACAUUAUAUUUGUGCAAACUAUUUAUCAUGUUAUAUCAUUUGGAAAAAUGGUCAGUUCAACACAUAUGUGUCCUAGGCAAGGAAGUACUUUUGUUUAUGUAGUAUAAGAUUUGAUUAUUUAGUCAUUGGGUGUUAAUGUUGUUGCCACUGUGGUUGUUUUAUUGCAGGUAUCCACAGCUGAAGGCCAAGAACUAGCAAAUAACUUAAAGAUACGUUACAUGGAAGCCAGUGCCAAACAUAGGCUUAAUGUUGAUCAAUCAUUUUAUGAACUUGUUAGAAUUGUAAGGUAGGAGGAAUAUUUGCUUGUGAUGACAGUAUAACUGGCAACUAUAGCAUUUUUAUAACAAAUUUCAAAUAUAUUUUAUUUUCGAGGAAUGUAUACAUAGAGUGAGGACUAUGUUAUCUCAGUAUGUGGUAAAUUUUUCAAUUACGCAACAUUUACAAAAAAAUUUUAAACAAGCACAGCUUCACAGUCAAUAAGAAUUUAAAACUAAUUUUUUUAUAAUUUUAUUGUAUUUCAACAAAUUAAUUCUAGUAACUUUUAAAAUACAUUUCCAGUAGUUAUAUUUUAACAGUUUUUGGUUUUUUUUGUUGCUUUUUUACAGGACAUUUCAAGAGGAAGAAAGGCCGGCAGUUAAACCCAACAACCGCAAACGCAAGAAAUGUACAAUUCUGUGAUAGCUUUAUUACCUUGGUAAACAGCUUCUUCAUCCUUCUACUAUUCUUUUAUUCACAUGCUUUCCAACACGCGAGUCAAGUAACAUACUACCCGGCCUUUUCAGAGUCAAGAAUGUAAGGGUGCUGGAGACUGUAUUUGUUUGUGAUCAUACUCAACUACAACUAAUUAAGCGCAGGUUUGUCGUUUCAGUGCUAGAAACUCUUUUUUUCUAAAAGCAUUUCUUGAAUCAAUAAGUACUGCAGCCAGUUCCUUGUCAGUGCAAAGAAUAAAAGAUCGUUUAGUUGAAGAAAAAAAUUAUUCCCUGUAUUUGAAUCAAAUCAGACCACAAAAAGAUGCACCACAAUAGUAUUUCCUAAACCACAAAUCAAUGAUUGACAUUUGUUAUUUAAAAUAUCAUGCCUUUGGAAUAGAACACUUCGAGUGUUUUGCGGGAUAUUUUAUGGUGUAUUUUCUGUGGGUUUUGUCGAAAAGGAUCUUAAGUUCUCACAUGUAAAUUUAUUCACUCUACUGAAGUGCCGUAAUUAUUAAAAUGCUUUGAUAAGUACCUCUUUUCUUCAGUAUCAACUCC